UCCUAUUGCGGGUUUCUUCCCCAUCCUUCCGGAUAGCUGAUUACAGACUAGUUGCAGUGGGAAGACAGGCAGGUGUAGCCCCGGCCAGGACUUACCAGCAGGUCAAAGAUCAAACCAGAGUUCAAGAACACGUACGAGGAAGAAACCCGGCAGAAAUCUCACCUGGGUCUGCUCCAUAUUCUCGCUUCACGCCCAAGAACAAGCUGAAUCGGAGCUCGGACUCCCCUUCAUUAAUGGCGGACCCCCACCCAAAACCGCCGGCGCCGGAAGAACAGCCACCCUCCCUACAGUCGCCCCUCCUCGUUCCUCCUCCCACGGCGCCCCAGAACAACCUCAACCACAACUACCAACAGCAGCAGCAGAGGAGAGAUCGGAGCCGAGAAGAGGAAGACUGCCAGCUGGACCAGACCCUGCAGAAGCUCGAGACCUUCCUGUCGUUCCUCGGCUUCAACCAGUCAACGGUGCACGGCUUCGUGCUCAGCUGGACCGCCUUCGUGCUCGUCGGGGUUGUGCUGCCAGUCAUCAUCCUCGAGCUGUUGGACUGCUCCGACUGCAAGGAGUACCGGGUCAAGAAGUUCGAGCUCGACAUCGUGGCGUUGCAGGCCAGCCUUGCGACGGUCUCUCUGCUCUGCUUGUCGCAUAAGUUGAGGAAGUAUGGGAUUAGGAAGUUCCUCUUCGUUGAUCGGUACAGCGGGCAGAUGUCCCGGUUUCGCGACCAGUACAUUUCGCAGAUCAAGGGUUCUAUACGCUUGCUGGUUAUCUGGACUCUGCCGUGUGUCCUCCUCAAGACUCUGCUCGAGAUAGUGCGGACCUUGUACAUCCAUCAAAAGUCGUGGUGGCUGUCUAUCUACAUAUUGCUGGCGCUGGUAAUCUCAUGGGCUUAUGUCAGCACAAUCUUUCUCUCGGCUAGCAGUCUGUUCCACUUAGUGUGCAACCUGCAAGCUAUACACUUUGAGGACUAUGGGAAGCUCUUGGAAAGGGAGAGCGAUGUCUUGUUCCUCAUUGAAGAGCACAUCCGUCUUCGCUAUAACCUGUCCAAGAUAAGCCAUAGGUUCAGGAUCUUCCUCCUCCUGCAGUUUUUCAUCGUGACUGCCAGUCAGUUUGUUACUCUGAUGGAGAUUACGGUUUACCAAGGAGUCAUCACACUCAUAAACAUUGGUGAUUUUGCGGUCUCUGCCAUCAUACAAGUAGUCGGAAUUAUACUAUGCUUGCAUGCAGCCACAAGGAUCUCAAGCAGGGCACAGGGCAUCGUCGCAUUUGCAAGCAGGUGUCACGCAUUAAUGACAUGCGGGUCCUUGUCGUCAGACGGAUCAUCACCAAGACCUCAAAGCAAUGUUGGAAACUUGGAGCCUCCAAAUCCCUUAAAUUCGCUGCGGAUGAAUUACUCGGAAAGUGACUUGGAGUCGCUGGAAUUUAUCUCAAUCCCAACCAGCUCACAACUCGCUUCUUACAUGUCCACAUAUCACAAGCGGCAAGCUUUUGUGAGUUAUUUACAGGCGAAUCCGGGGGGAAUCACAAUAUUCGGUUGGACAGUGGACAGGACCCUCCUCACCACAAUCUUCUUCCUCGAACUCUCUUUGGUCACUUUUUUGCUUGGGAACACUAUUGUUUUCUCCUCUUAGUGAAACAUUUUCACUUCAUCUCGGAGUAGACUCGGACACUCGGUGACAUUUCACUACAGCAUUCAUCAAUCAACCAAAGACAUGCCACUGCUGGGUGCCGAGUCUUCAUCAAAUGUAAAUACAGGCCUGUUGAGCUCUCGCCACGGCUUAGCUCCCCAGCACCCGAAACGGCCAAAAGCUCCAAUAGACUAUGCUAAAUCCGCAAUAUGAACGGACUCUCCCUGAUUCCUGGAAGCUCCAUAGGAGGACGUUGAAUAUGCAUUUUAUGAACAACCCAGGGAGAAUAGGCUGCGUUUGAAAAGUUGAACUGAUUUUAGAAUUA